CGUCAAACGAGGUGUCGUGAAGUGCGCCGCCCCAGCGAAGAUGGCGGCCGAGCUGCAUCCGCGCAGCGGAAAACUGAUCGGUCUGUCUAACUCGAAUCGCACGGCGCAGCGAAACCAGCCGGUUCAGGAGUUUAAUCACGGCCUGGUGCUCAGCCGGGAGCCGCUGCGGGAUCGCGAUGUCUUUACGGUUCGGAUCGACAAGAAGGUGAACUCGUGGAGCGGUUCUAUAGAGAUCGGCGUGACCGCGCUGGACCCAGCAGCUCUCGACUUCCCCAGCAGCGCGACAGGACUGAAGGGUGGCUCGUGGAUCGUGUCCGGCUGCUCCGUGCUGAAGGACGGCCGCUCGGUUCUGGAGGAGUAUGGACGUGACCUAGACCAGCUAGGCGAAGGCGACCGGGUCGGGAUCCAAAGGAACGGCCGGGGGGAUCUGCACCUGUGGGUGAACGGGCAGGACUGCGGUCCGGCAGCCAGCGGGCUGCCCUCGCGUCUGUGGGCCGUAGUGGACCUUUACGGCAAGUGCACUCAGGUCACCGUGGUCAGCUGCGAGCCUCCGCUGGACACAGAGAGCGAAGAUUGGGAGGAGUUAGUGGAGACAGGAGAGGCGGACAGGGCGGCGUCUGCGGUGGCAUCUGCCGCGGCGUCUCCGGCUGCUCUCAUGCCGGAUCAUGAGGACAGAACAGGAGGCGUGGCUCUACCCGCCGUCCCUGCUAUAACUGCUGCCGUGAACGGCUCGGCUGAGGACGCGCCCGAAGUUACACGAGGACACAGACACAGCCGACCAGACAAAUUCCCAAAUAACUUCGAUCCAGACACAGUCCUCACGGAGCACCAGUUAUUUGACGUGUUCAACAACGCCAUCGUGUCGCUGUACCGCUCGGAAGACGAGGGUGGAGACGACUCGGGUUUAGGCGGAGCCGGUGGCUCAGGAGGAAGUUCAGACUCAUCCAGAGGGGGAACAGGAAGCAGUAACGGAUCUCGAGGAGUAAACCAGAACGGGGUCGGAGGUCGAGGAGAGGGCAACAAUAACAACCUUUCAGGAAACGGAGGAGGAGGAGGAGGAGGAAAUGGGGCAGGGACGGUGACGGCGGUAAGCAACAGUGGGAUGACCACCAACGACGCGCUGCUGUUCCACGAGAAGUGCGGCACUCUGAUUAAACUGAGCAACAACAACAAGACGGCCGAGAGGAGGAGACCGCUGGACGAGUUCAACAACGGCGUGGUCAUGACAAACCGCCCACUCAAACACAACGAGAUGUUUGAGAUCCGGAUCGAUAAACUGGUGGAUAAAUGGUCCGGAUCCAUCGAGAUCGGCGUGACGACGCACAACCCCAACAAUCUGGAUUAUCCUGCGACCAUGACCAACUUACGCUCAGGAACCAUUAUGAUGAGCGGCUGUGGGAUUUUGACCAACGGCAAGGGCACACGUAGGGAGUACUGUGAGUUCAGCCUGGACGAGCUUCAGGAAGGGGAUCAUAUCGGGCUGAUGAGGAAAGCCAGCGGCGCUUUGCACUUCUACAUCAACGGCAUAGACCAAGGCGUAGCUGCUAACCAGACCCCGGGCGUGGUGUACGGUGUAGUGGAUCUCUACGGCAUGGCGGUAAAAGUCACCAUUGUCCACAAUCACAACCACAGCGAUCGUUUACGUCGCAACAACGCCAUCAUGAGAGCUCUGUCACCCGACGUGGGCCGCCCUCGACCCGCCCUCUCGCUCACCCCAGACACCGAAGCCCCGGACCGGCUUCUCUUCCACACCAACUGCGGGCAGAAAGCGGCCAUCAUCGGCGACGGCAGGACGGCGCUGCGACCUCACGCAACAGACGACUUUAAUCACGGAGUCGUGCUCAGUAAUCGGCCGCUGCACUCCAACGAAGUAUUUCAGGUGCGCAUCGACAAGAUGGUGGACAAGUGGGCGGGGUCUAUCGAGAUCGGCGUGACCACACAUAACCCCGCCUACCUACAGCUACCGUCCACUAUGACCAACCUGCGCUCAGGUAUGUGCCAUAUUGUGAUACUUCAUAAUGUCUCUCUACACACAGUUUGUUCUCUUCACCUCCUGUUCUCUCUCACAGGGACAUGGAUGAUGACAGGAAACGGAGUGAUGCACAACGGAACCACGAUACUAGACGAGUACGGACACAACCUGGACCGACUAAAAGCUGGAGACACUGUUGGUGUGGUGCGGAAGGAUGAUGGCAGCCUGCACUUCUUCGUUAACGGAGUUCCCCAGGGUCCGGCAGCCUGGAACGUUCCGCCCAGCGUUUACGCCGUAGUGGACCUGUACGGUCAGGCGGCUCAGGCAACCAUCAUGGACGAUAUGGCCGACCUCCCCCCUCUCCCUGAGGAUAGCUCAGAGGGUCCCGUCACCAUGUCCCCCGGCAGCCCGUGUUCUGUCACCGGAGUCAGUGCGGCCAGCGACCUUCGCUUCCAUCAUCUGCACGGCACCAACGCCGUCAUCACCAACGGCGGCCGCACGGCUCUUCGUCAGAACUGCCGCAGCGAGUUCAACGACGCUAUUGUCAUCUCCAACAGGUGCCUUCGUGAUGGUGAAUUGUUUGAGAUUGUGAUUCAGAAGAUGGUGGAUCGCUGGUCAGGAUCAAUAGAGGCAGGAGUGACCGCGAUCAGACCAGAGGAGCUGGAGUUCCCCAAUACGAUGACCGACAUCGACUACGAUACCUGGAUGCUGAGCGGCACAGCGAUCAUGCAGGACGGGAACACCAUGAGGAACAACUACGGCUGUGAUCUGGACUCCCUGGGGACCGGCUCCAGGAUCGGAAUGAUGCGUUCUGCCUCCGGAGAUCUUCACUACUACAUAAAUGGAGUGGACCAGGGCGUGGCGUGUACCGGAUUACCGCCAGACGUGUAUGCUGUGAUUGAUCUGUAUGGUCAGUGUGUUCAGGUGUCCAUCACUAGCUCAUCUGGACCUCUUGACAACAGCUUAUGUACUAGUAACAUCACAGAGAAGAGUUUCCCAAUACACUCACCAGUGGCAGGAGUGGCUCAUCACCUGCACAACAAACACGGGAAGAACGUGGUGUUGCUCGGUGACGGCUGCCAGGCCGUCAGGGUGGGAGGGUAUUCUCACGCCAUCGUGUUUAGCGCAAAGGAGCUCAAGACGGACGAACUGUUCGAGGUGAAGAUCAACGAGGUCGAUGAGCGGUGGUCAGGGUCGCUCCACAUCGGCUUGACCACCCUGCUGCCCCCGGACCUCCCGUCGUGCCCCCUCAGCGGCCUUUCGCCCUCCCUCACUCAGCUCAGGUCAAAGGUCACCUGGCUGCUCGCCGGGUCAGAAGUCAGGCGUAACGGCAUUCUACAGAGGCAAAACUUCGGCUGCUCGCUGGACAGACUUACGGUGGGGAACAGAGUGGGUGUGAAGAGAUGCAGUGACGACACAAUGCACAUUUUCAUCGAUGGAGAAGACUUGGGACCUGCGGCCACUGCUGUGGCUAAGAACGUAUACGCGGUGCUAGAUCUUUACGGGAAGGUGACGGCCGUGUCAGUUGUCAGCUCCACUCUGGCAGAGGACACAGACAGCGUGAAAGCUUCGUCUCUCUCCUCAGACAGCUGCAGUGAUGGAGAGGAGGAGUCCACACCGUGUGAGAGCGAGUCUGCCAUGGUUCCCAUGGCGAUGUCCUUCCUGGAGAAUCAUGGGAAAAACAUUCAGCUGUCCAAUCAGAACCUGACGGCCGCUCGAGUGUCGAGUUAUAACCAGGGCCUGUUGGUCACAGCGCACGCUCUGCCUCGCCAGCAGCUCUUCCAGUUUCAGAUAGACAGAUUGAACACGUCGUGGACGUCGUCUCUCUCUCUUGGUGUGAUCGGUCACUCACCAGAUCGCCUCAACUUCCCUUCCACAGCCUGCUGCCUUAAACGCUCCGUCUGGCUGCUACAGCGAGACUCUGUCUUUCACAACUCACUGAAGAUCUGUGAGAACUAUGGGCCAAAUUUAGACACGUGUCCUGAGGGGACGGUGCUGGGUCUGCUGGUGGACUCUAACGGCUGUCUCCACCUGUAUGUUAAUGGGAUGGACCAGGGUGUGGCAGUGCAGGACAUCCCGAGCCCCUGCUACCCGAUAAUCGACCUGUACGGCCAGUGUGAACAGGUUACCAUAGUGACCAGCCAGAUGGAGGCCGUGGGGGCGGAGAGCGGAGACGUGCAUUGCCAAGGUGACAUGGAGAAAGCCGACAUGGUGGACGGAAUAAAGGAGAGUGUGUGCUGGACUCCGCCUCCUGAGGUGAACCCCAACAAGACGUGCGAGUACCAGGCUCUCUGCUCCAGAUUUAAGGACCUGCUCACACUGCCUGAUGGUUACUUUAACGAGGACACAAAGUAUAACUUGUGCUACUGCGAGUCCUGCCAUAAGCUGCGUGGUGAUGAGGCUUACUAUAAGCACGGUGAGCCGCCACGGGACUACGCUCUACCCUUCGGCUGGUGCCGCUUCGCCCUGCGGAUAAAGCCACACUGUGACGUCUCAAACACCUAUAAGAAGUGGCACAUCGCGUACCACGGAACGAGUGUCGGAUCCCUGCGCCGCACGCUGGACCACAGCCAGCUUCUUCCAUCAGACUCCUCGCCCGUGUUUUCGCCGACCCCGGUGAAGGUCGAAGGUCACGGCAGCUACAGCGAACCGGAGGAGAACAGCGCGCCUGAGAGGGAGAUCCCCCGCGUGCACCUCUCCCCCACCAUGCGCUACUCCGGCCUCGAGGUCUUCGCCCCUAAAGUGCAAUUUCGAGACCCUCGCUCGCUGCGCUGUCAUCAUGCCCAGGUGGGCUUCCAGGUGUGCGUGCGUCCGGGCUCUUACAAGGUCGGUCCUCAAUCUCUGGGCAUCGGCGAGCCGCUGGAUCCCAGAUUCAACAACACGGAGAUCGAGUGGAUCACCAAGGAGAAAGGAGGAACCCUACUGUACGGCCUGCUCAUCCGUGUGGAGUGAGGGAUAGAGGGAUAGAGAGAUAGAGAGAGAUAGAGAGAGAGCACUCAGACUGCUGGUACUGCUUCAGAGAAAUGAAGUUGAGCUCUGAUCUCUCCAUUUUUUAUUUUUAUUUGAAGGUGGUCUUUUUUUGGGAGACACUUCCUGCACUUUAUGUUUCAGACCCCAGCGGGUGAUUUCUCUCGAUCUACCCCCUCCUCCCUCCCUCCCUCUCUCUCUCUCUCUCUCUCUCUCUCUCUGUCUCUAUCUCUAUCAAAAUCAAACAAGGUUGGACUCCAAUCACGUCUCAUAGCACAGUCCUGGAUCCUGUGAGCGUUUUUUUUAAAAAAAAAAAAACAAAAUACAAAAAAAACUUGUUAACAGACAAAUCAACAAAUCCGUGUGGAGCCACACAAAGACACCCGGUGGGGAAAAAAAACCGUUAAGAACUAAAACAAAACUCGAGGAAAAAGACUCGGAGACUCUCGGAUCAGGACGAGACUCAGCGCUCAGAGAGAACUCGCUCUGCUGUUUGUGUUCCACUUUCCACCCCAGAAGACUUGAACGCUUACACACAGUGUUACAUUUUUACUAACCGAGUCCCGUUUAACAAAAACAACAACAAAACUCUCGGCUCGCGUGAAGCGGAACUCGCGUCUGGUUUCUUUUUGGUUUUCGGUUCUGCUCGUCGACGGAAGUCAUAAAUCGCCGCUCUCGAUAGCGUGGACUGAAAUAAAGGAAUAACUGAUACCUCUCAGACCGAAAGCUAAUUAUUUUAUAAAGCGUCUCGAGGCGAGAAAGAAUUACAAAUAUUUACACCCCCUCUCCCCUCCCCCACCCCUUCACUUUCGCUCCAGCA